AUGAGACUCGCCCACCUGCACCUCCCAAGCAUAACGCCCUUUUCCCGCGUCUCCGCUCUCCAACAAGCCCUCACUACCCGCUUCCUCACCCACAAGAAACUCGCCUCACCCGGCUCAAUCUCCUCCCAAGAAAGCGCGUACGCACACGAGCUCGCUGCGAAAGCAACACCACCCCCGCCCGACCCCACAAUCAUCACUUUCUCUCCAAACCCAGUCUACACGACCGGCCGCCGCGACCUGCCGCCCUCAAACACCGCCCCACCAGAUCCAAAAAACCUCUCCCUCCCUCCGGCCCUCGAGCCAAUUCGCUCCCUCCUCACCCCCGGUGCCAACGGCCCUCCAAAAGCGGAGUACCACCCCACCCUCCGCGGCGGCCAGACAACGUACCAUGGCCCUGGGCAGAUGGUCGCGUAUACGGUUAUGGAUCUGAAGAGGCUGGGUCUCACGCCGCGGUGUCACAUUCGAGUUUUGGAAAAUAGCGUUAUUGAUCUCUUGAGUCAAUACGGGGUAAAUGGGUUUGUGACGGAAGAUCCCGGGGUGUGGGUUGAUGGGCCUUGGGGUGGUUCUGCGGCCAGGAAGAUUACUGCUGUCGGGGUGCAUUUGCGGAGGAAUAUUAGUAGUUUUGGGAUUGGGUUGAAUGUUACGCAGGAUCCGAUGUGGUUCUUUAAGCAGAUUGUUGCUUGUGGGCUUGAGGGAAAGGAGGCGACUAGUUUGGAAGGUGUUGGUGUUGAAGGAGUUGGAAUUGAUGAGGUUGCUAGUGGGUUUGUGGAGCGGUUUGUUAGUAGAAUUAAUCAGGAUUUUGCUUGUGGGGAAGGUGCAUCAGGGGAGAAGAUUGAGGAGGUCUAUUCUGUUAAUGAGGAGGAUCUUUUGAGGGGGUAG